CUUAACUUUUACUGGCAACACUGGUUUCCGCCUGUGUCAUCGCUAUUCAUCGCAUUUUGCUAUUUAUAUUUGCCGGAUUAUAUUUACUUUAAGCAAGGUAUUCGCUGGUAUUAACUAACUUCCAAUUUCACAACUUAUUGUAGCAAUGUCGGACGCUAAUUUACCCGAAAGUCGACCAGAAAAUGCAGAAAACAACGCCGAAGCAACUGCCGCUAAUUCGGAUACAUCAGUAGGAUCCAAAUCAACAAAGAGUCCAUCGAUUGGACCGUCUGUGGAACAAGAGAUAAUUGAGCAGCCCUUACCUUCUAUAGAAGACGUUGUUCUCAUUGAUCCUGAAUGCUUAGAAUUGGAUUUGAACCACCAUCGUAUUGAUAAACUCGAAAAUUUGGAGCCGCUAAAAUGCAUUGAACGUCUUUACUUACGAUGGAAUCUCAUCAAGAAAAUUGAAAAUUUGGAAAUGUUAACUACAUUGCAAGAAAUAGAGCUAUACGAUAAUCAAAUAACUAAAAUUGAGAAUCUAGACACCUUAGUGAAUCUGGAACAGUUAGAUUUGAGCUUUAACCGGUUAACUAAAAUAGAAAAUUUGGAUAAACUAGUCAAAUUGGAAAAGAUUUUCUUAUGCGCAAACAAAAUAUCUAAAAUAGAAAACCUAGGCAUAUUAACGAAUCUAACAAUGCUAGAACUUGGAGACAAUAAAAUUCGUAAAAUUGAAAAUAUUGAAAUGUUGGUAAAUCUGCGCCAACUUUAUCUCGGCAAGAAUAAGAUAACGAAAAUUGAAAAUUUAGAUACAUUAGUAAAUUUAGAAUGUUUAAGUUUACAAGCGAAUCGUAUAGUUACGAUUGAGAAUUUAGAUAAACUAAUUAACUUGACUGAGCUUUAUUUAUCGGAAAAUGGCAUAGAAAGAAUUGAAAAUUUAGAAAAUAACAAAAACUUGGAAACUUUGGACUUGGCCAAAAACAGAUUAAAAUCAAUAGAUAACAUUGAAGAAUUGAAAGAUUUAGAGGAAUUGUGGUUAAAUGAUAACAGUGUUUCAGAUUGGAAAAGUAUUGAAACACUUAAGGAAAAUAAGAAACUUAAAACUGUUUACUUGGAACACAAUCCCAUAGCAAAUGACAAGAUGUACCGCUUUAAAUUGAGAGGCAUUCUGCCAUGGUUGGAAAAGAUAGACGCUACACUGUGUCGAUAGAAGCAAACAUGUAUAAAGUUAUGUUGAAUGCAAUAAGUAUUUGCCACUAGAUUAGAUGUGAAAUAAAUUGUGUACAGUCUUCUCUUGUAAUACUUGAAUCUGUUAAAGGUUUUCAUUAUAUAAGGUUAUAAAUCAUUAUAAUCAUUUAUUUUACAAAACGUCCUUUUAUAUUUACGUUAACCUAGCAGAAACUAAUAUUUUUUUGGGUCUUUCGAAAAUGUAAAUUUCAUAUAUUUUUUGAAAGAAAAACUACAUUAGCAACACUUUACAUACACAUAAAUAAUUCAAACUGAUUGGGCUUAACUCAUUAAGUAAUUUUAAAGCUAAUGGAAGUUAUAUAUGCCUAAUUAACAAUUUAAUAAAAACAAAUCACAACUUA